AGAGAAAGAGAGGGAACCAGUUAUUAACAAACUCUUCAUGGGGAAGGCUACCUGGUCCACACCACUCCUCUUUCAAUCCAAACGCCUCUGUUUCUCUCUUCUCUACCUCUUCACCGUUCUGUUUCUCGCUCUCUAUUCCUCUCUCUCUUCAACCAAAUGCAUCUUCAGAUCUUCACCAUUCGACCCCAUCCAAACUCCUCUCUUCUUCUACCCUCACACCUAUGGGGAACACAAAUAUGCAAUCCCAACCCUUCGAUCCUCUUGCGUUUCCCCUGUAUUCUUUUCAGAUUAUUGGUUGGUCUUGAAGGAGAUCCAGGAUUUCUGUCUGAAUUCCUCGUAUUCUCCGUUGGUUCUGAGGUAUCAGCGAAAGAGAAGUGGUAGUUUUGCAGGAAAUUUCAGUACCCAGAAAAGGUUAUCUUAUUUUGAUCAUAGUGAUGAUAAGGCAGAGGUUCCUUGUGGAUUCAUGAAUGAAUUCCCUAUCAAUGGCUCCGAUAGAUUUAUCAUGAGGAGCUGCAAAGAUGUGGUGGUAGUCUCAGCAAUAUUCGGCGACCACGACAAAAUCCGUCAGCCGAAAGGGCUUGGAUCUAAAACUCUGGAAAAUGUUUGUUUCUUUAUGUUUAUAGAUGAUAUAACACUUAGAGGCCUUCAUGCUCAUAAUAUUCUUUUAGAUGAAACAGAGGAAAAUAAGAUGGGUGUGUGGAGAAUAAUCAGAGUUAAGGGUAAGCUUCCAUAUAAGAAUCAAGCAAUGAAUGGAGUUAUACCCAAAUACUUAGUUCACAGGCUCUUCCCGAAUGCAAAAUUUAGCAUCUGGGUGGACGCAAAGAUACAGUUAACAGUUGAUCCAUUAAUGUUGAUUCAUUCUCUUAUCAUUUUGGAGGAUGUAGACAUGGCUAUCUCUAAGCAUCCUUAUUACAUUCACACAUUGGAAGAAGCAAUGGCUACUGCAAGGUGGAGGAAAUGGGCUGAUGUGGAGUCCUUGAAGACACAAAUGGAGACAUACUGUGAGAACGGAUUAAGGCCAUGGACACCUGAAAAGCUCCCAUAUACCACAGAUGUACCAGACAGUGCUCUAAUACUGAGGAAACAUGGAGUAGAGAGCAACCUCUUCUCCUGCCUACUGUUCAAUGAAUUAGAAGCUUUUAAUCCAAGAGAUCAGUUGGCUUUUGCUUUUGUGAGAGACAGAAUGAACCCAAAGGUGAAGAUGAACAUAUUUGAAGUUGAAGUGUUUGAACAAAUUGUGGUGGAAUAUAGGCACAACUUGAAACAUAUUUUGGGCAGUUUCACAGAGGUUCCAAAGGCAAAAAGGGCAAGAUCUGAUGCAUCAGUUAAUGGGAGUAGUUGGAAGUGUGAGAAUUAUCUUCUGGAAAUGUGGGGGGAAUCCCAUGAUUGAUAUUGUCUCUU